UGCUGUCUAUUAGGUUUACCUACUGUUGGAAUGGGCUUAUAAAUUAACAUGCAUGCCUGUUCGUCACGGCCAUCAACAAUGGAUCCUGCUCUACAUUUGCCUGCAUUUUUUGUGUUUCUUUCUUUAAUCUAUGUCUUCUAUGCAAUGCUUGGAAGGAAAAAGAUAAUAAAAAGUAGUAAGAGCAGGGACGCUCCCGAACCAGGUGGUGCAUGGCCAAUUAUUGGCCACCUCCAUCUACUAGGAGGAGGUGAUCAGCUUCUUUACCGUACACUUGGAGCCAUGGCUGAUAAGUAUGGUCCGGCAUUCAAUAUCCGCCUCGGCAGUCGCCGUGCUUUUGUGGUGAGUAGUUGGGAAGUAGCGAAGGAAUGCUUCACCAUUAAUGACAAAGCACUUGCUACGCGUCCCACUACAGUAGCCGCAAAGCACAUGGGCUACAACUAUGCGGUAUUUGGUUUUGCACCCUACAGCCCUUUCUGGCGUGAGAUGCGGAAGAUUGCAACACUUGAACUUCUUUCAAAUCGUCGGCUUGAGAUUCUAAAGCAUGUUCGAACUUCAGAAGUUGACAUGGGGAUUAGGGAACUGUACGGUUUGUGGGUCAAAAACAGCUCCCGUCCAUUGCUUGUUGAACUUAAUCGAUGGUUGGAAGAUAUGACACUUAACGUGAUUGUUAGAAUGGUGGCUGGAAAAAGAUACUUUGGUGCUGCCGCUGCCUCCGACAGCAGUGAGGCAAGACGGUGCCAGAAAGCAAUUAGCCAAUUCUUUCGUCUAAUCGGCAUUUUUGUGGUUUCAGAUGCACUUCCAUUUCUAUGGUGGCUGGAUUUGCAGGGGCAUGAGAGGGCAAUGAAGACGACGGCCAAAGAAUUGGAUUCCAUACUUGAAGGCUGGCUUGAGGAGCAUCGCCAAAGAAGAGUUUCUAGUCUGAUCAAGGCCGAGGGUGAGCAAGACUUCAUUGACGUCAUGUUGUCCCUUCAGGAGGAAGGGCGCCUCUCUGGUUUUCAGUAUGAUUCCGAAACAAGCAUCAAGUCCACUUGCCUGGCACUAAUCCUAGGUGGCAGUGACACCACAGCAGGCACACUGACGUGGGCCAUUUCUUUACUCCUGAACAAUCGCCACGCCUUGAAAAAGGCACAAGAAGAACUAGAUCUGUGUGUUGGCAUGGAAAGGCAAGUGGAAGAGUCAGACGUUAAAAACCUUGUGUAUCUUCAAGCAAUCAUCAAGGAGACCCUUCGCCUCUACCCAGCAGGUCCCCUACUAGGACCCCGAGAGGCGUUGGACGAUUGCACAGUCGCUGGCUACAAUGUCCCUGCUGGCACUCGCUUAAUAGUGAACAUAUGGAAGCUUCAAAGGGAUCCAAGUGUUUGGACAAAUCCUUGUGCUUUCCAACCGGAGAGAUUUCUCAAUGCUCAUGCUGAUGUUGAUGUUAAAGGCCAACAAUUUGAACUGAUGCCUUUUGGGUCUGGCAGAAGAUCGUGCCCUGGAGUUUCAUUUGCACUCCAAGUCCUGCACUUGACCCUCGCACGACUCCUUCAUGCAUUUGAAUUGUCAACGCCAGUGGAUCAGCCGGUCGACAUGACUGAGAGCUCGGGUUUAACCAUUCCAAAAGCAACCCCAUUAGAGGUCCUCUUGACUCCACGCCUGAACUCCAAGCUCUAUGCUUUUUAAGAAGCGUGUAUUGAUCAAUAACAUCGAGUGUGGGGAGGUCAAGGGAAUUGCUAGAUGGUUUACGCUUGUCCGGGA